AUGACACCGGCCUGCAUAGCCAUAACUUUCACCAUGACCAACGUGCAGCAGCCAUCGCUAUACCAAACGAUGCAGAUCACCUUGGAGUCGAACCCCUUAGCGCAGGACCCGAGCAUCACCACCAGCGACCUCGUUUUAUUCGUUCCAGCGGCCGAUAUCAAGCAAUGCGUGUACAGCAGCACCCCGACAGAGAGCACCCCCGGCUACCACGCCGUCACGGCCACCGGCAGCGGCGGCUUUACUGGCCAGCUCAUCCUCGCUGUGACUUCGACGGAGUUCACCACAGGGACGACGUACUACCCGUGCUACCUCUCGAGGUCAGAAAAGUCAGCGACGAUUGUGCGGCGCGGCUAUGUGUCGCCAGGCUCGGACGACACGCUGGAGGUGUUGCCCCCCAUCUACACAAGCUUUAGCAUGAUCCCCACGAGCGCCAACGGUGGCGAAGGGCCUGUGAGCCUUUCCAUCGUGCAGGCAGAGCACAGCGAUCGCCCGAUCAAUCAGGGCCUGUCGGGAGGCCACACUAUCCUGCUUGUGCCAUGCGGGAGCAUCUCCGUGAGCGGCAGCACGGUGCAGAGCAACUGCGACGAUCUGAACGCGCUGGUGACGCCGUGCGCGACGGUAGGUGCGGCCAGCGCAACCCCGGCCGGCGUCGUCGCCCUCUCCAGCCUGCAAGGCCAGUCCACCGGGAAGGUGUCCGGCAACUUCACAGUGCCAUACGAACCCGACACGAGCGGCUACUACAUGUGCGUCCCGUACUGCUAUAGUGCCUCUGCCGGCUGCGGCGAGUCAACGACGGCCAUGUCCUUCACCGUCGUAUCAUCCGCUUCAGCUGACAGCAGCAACUACAUACUCACCUUCGGCAGCGCUGAUCCGGGCGUGUACAACAGGAUGCCGGUGCUUCCGCAGGCGCGUGAGAACGGUCUCAUGCACUUCACUGGCGCCGGUCUGAGCGAGAGUGACGCCGUCAAAGUUAUUCGCGCCCAAGACAUGUGCACUUCCAGCACGGCAGCGCUGCUCCCCAACCUCAAAGUCGGGGCGCUGAAGCUGACGGCCACAACUGAUGGCAUGACCACGGCGCAGGUUCUGUUUUUAGCGCCGGACCUUGUGAAGACGCAGGUGGUGGGACGCGUCUGCUACCAGCGCGCCGCCAGCGGUCUGUGGUCUACCGCCUACCUCUCCGCCUCGAAUCCAGAGGCAGAUUUUACCAUUGACAUUCUGCAGCCAACCGGAUUCGAACUCACGAGCUCGAGCUCGAGUCCCGCCGUCGGCGAGACUCUGACGCUGGCCUUUCGAGGAAACGGCCUUGAUGGCUCUAUAGACAAGGCUUACCUCUCCUCCAGCAGCAACGGCAACCCGUGCAACCGAGACGGAAGUGGAAGCUCAUCGAGCAGUAGCAGCAGUGGCUCAGAUACGUACAAGCGAAACAUGUACUUUACGUGCAAGAUGAGCGGAAGCAGCACCACGACCUCAACGUGUACUGUCAUGGUCGACCCCGAGGACACGAAUGCGGCCAUGACUCUGAGUGUGUGCUACCUGAAGGGUGGCAGUAGUGGGCAGACGAACUUCGCGCAGGUCGACGGCACUGUGGCGCUCCAGGCACGAAACCCGACCUAUGCCGUCACUCCAUACCCCAUGUUCGCCGGCCAAUCGGUGAAGUUGGCCUUCACAGGCGUGGGCCUGCAUGCGGAUGACGAGGUGCGGCUGAUCGCGCCGAGCGGGGCGUGCGAUGACAGCAGCUCCAUCUUGGCCACCGCCACCAUCCACUCCGUAGAGGAGAUCAUCCAGAAUGUGGUGUACCAGUACACCCUGGUCGGCUCCGCCGAGACGUGCAUCAUGGUCUGCUACCGUCAGUUGGGGUCAGACAUGUGGGUCGUGGCGCGCGGCGCCGACGGAAGGCCUGCCGUGUCGUCGGUCUGUGCAGCGUCUAACAUUUACAUUUCAGCCUUUCCGGCGCGGUAUCGCAUCGCAAAUCUUGGCACAGGCGGCAGCGACGGCUCCACUGCCGGUACUCUCCUCACUGUUGGCGAGACCGCGACAGUGCGCUUCACCAUCACAAGCGCCCCACGGCUCUCCUUCACCACUACGCCGACAGCCAUCAAGGUGGUGCAGGCAGCAGAUAAAUGCGUGACAACGCCCUGCGGCACGGAGAAUGUUGCCGCCUGCGCCAGAGCACAGCGUACCGCCGAUUACACCGGCUCCAUUACGAAAACGGGCAGCGCUGCAUUCACCGCCUCCAUCCAGGUGAAUGGGGCAGACGCGAACUACAUUGUCUGUGUGGAAACCUCUAGCAGCUCGGGGGCGUACGUGCCGGUCCUGCCCACCUCAGAGACGUCGGCGACCAGCACCGCUUUCGGCUUCACCACGACGCAACAGAACCCGAUACUUGUGUCGCACACCCCGAGCACGUGGCGAGUGGCCAUGAGCACGCUUUACACGACCUUCAGCGGGUCAAACCUAGACGCGAAGACAAACGUCGUGUACGCCGUCGCGGCCAGCGCGCUACUGGCCUUGUACACGGCAAGCGAAGGCACCGUAGUGGCAGUGUGCCCGCCAGUGCCGCAGACACCGGAGACUGUGCUUGUGUCCGCCAUGGUCACAGACAGCAGCAGUAGCAGUAGCUUGACGACGGCGACGUACACCCGGGCAGACCGUCUGUACGACGGCCAAUACGUGUACCUAUGCUACGCAUGGUCGGCUGGCAACGGGGACUCGCACAUCACGAUGGCGGGCAGGGUGAACGUGGCAGCAGCGAUCCCGUCCUCCUACACGUGGCAGGCGCCCACAGAAACGAGCAACUUGCGCGCUGGGCAACCGAUUCAGCUCAGCUUCACCAGCAACCUCACAAGCCUGUCCGCCACGAAGGACACCGUCUACUUCUACAGCUAUGUUCAGUCAUCGAGUCCGAACCCGGACUGCUACUGUGACCCGACGGCGUGUGCGACCGGGAAGCGCAUCGUCUACACUUCCAAUAUCACCGUCACCUCGGCAACGACAACCAUCAAGGAUGACACCACGGUCUACACCGCUCCGCUCGGCUUCAGCAACUACGACUACGGCGCCAUCUACAUCAUCUGCUACGCCGCCUUUGGGCAGGCUUCCGACACCUACAUGGGCCGUGUAACGGUGGACCUGGCGAACCCGACGUACUACACCGUCUCCAGUGUGGCCGCACCCUUAAACCGCGUCGGCGCGCCGAUCACCAUUACGGCGGUUCGCCGCUGCAUGACGGCGGCGUGUGCGCUGACGCUGCAGGACUCACUGCGCUUGAUUCCGAGCAGCGUGCAGUGCUCUCAGCUCUCGUCCGACAGCCCCAGCGGCAGCUCGUCAGCUGCGGAGGGGGCGUCUGUGCAGGCCAUUCACGACCCCGUCCUGAACCCUGGCGCGGUCUCACUUGCGCGCACCUUCGUCGUUGACGCCGAGGGGACUUACCGCGUGUGCUACCGCCUCGCGAGCGGGACCACCUACAGCGAUGUCGUCUUCUCGACCAGUUACACGCGCUCUUUGCUGACGGCUGUGACGGCGAACCCGCAGCAGGCCACGCCGGUGCCAAGUGUCCCCUCCGCCGGGCAGUUUGUCAUCAUGAAUCUCAGCUGCACGGUGAUGUCGCUCUGCAGCACGUGUACGAUGCUGCGGCUGGUGCCGGGGGUGCGCGCGAGCUGCUGGGAAAAGGUGUCAGGGACCUACAGCAGCGACUCGUGCCUGACGACCACCUCUGUGCAGUACCCGGAUCUGUACUUAGUGGAGGGCAGCUACACGGUGUGUUACGGUAGCAGCUACACCACGUCGCGUCGCGUUCCGGGCACCCUUACGGUAACCUCCGCGAACCCGUCGAACUACGCCCCGACAGAGUCGAGCGGGUACGCCGUGUACACGAAUCAAGCCACGGACUACACGCUGGACAUCACCGGCACGGAGCUGACCACCGCCGACACCGCAUUUCUGCUACCGGACAUGGGGUACACCUGCCACGACCUCCGCACCGGUGAGGUGCAGAACCAGGGGGAGCUCGCGAGCUGGCUCCAGCCGAGUGUGAAGCCGUACCCGCUGCAGCUGACCUCGACCGGGGUGUCGUGGGUGGUGUCGAAUCAAAGUAAGCGCUUCGGCGGCGGCUUGCUUAACGACAUAGACCUGUGCCCGGGGAACGGGGCGCCGUGCUUACUGAAGUUGUGCUACAUGCGCUCCGGUACUUCCUGGGCGCCCGUCACUCUGCUGGCCCCCUCCUCGUUGUCGUCGUUGUCGUCAAGGCCGCCUGGGAUCGAGCUGUUUGCCUCGAACCCGUCCUCGGUGGAGCUGGAUCGCUACCCGCUGGCGAUCGGCAUGUAUGUGAUGGCGACGGUGCAGGGUGCUGGUCUUUUGAGCACGGACGUAGUCACCAUCAACGCAGGUGACUGCAGCGGCGCCGCCACCACCGUCUCCGUCGCGGGUGCCGUAUACGUGAACGCCGCGGGGAAGCAGUGGUAUGGCGUGCUGCGCGUGACGAGUGCCGCGAGCAGCUACGCCGUGUGCUACUGGCGCUCCGGGUCGGCGACCGAGGUGGCGACCAUCACCUUUGCCGGUGCGACGAAUGUGUCGACGAUACUGAUACUCAGCACGCCGCUUUACUACGUUCUGAGUCCGUCCAACUUUACCUCGAUGCAUACACCGCUGACGAGGUACGAGGAGCUCAUCGUCGGCGCCAGCUUCACGGACCAGGGUACCGUAGGGACAGCGCUGAGCUACGUGCAGGUCAUCACGGCCGACACGAGCGUCGCUGAGUGCAACUACGAGCCCUUUCAGUCGGUGGCGAGCGGCGUCACGCCGUUCCCGGUUUCUUUGACGCUCUCAUCUGUGCCAGGCAGCGGCGCCUCCGGUUCUCUGCCCCUGUACCAGGGUCGUCUCACCGUCGAGACAGGGGCGUAUGCGCUGUGCAUGGACACAACCAUUGGGUUGUUCCGCGUCGUUAAGGCUCCGCCCAGCGCUGCGUAUACCGCGGCGGGCAGCAGCGAGGUCUUGGUUUACGAUGCUGUUCCCAUCACAUACACCGCGGUCCCCAAAAGCGUGAUGUUGGGGCAAGUUGUGGCGCUGACGUUCUCCAGUAUGCCUGCGAGCAGCAGCGACAACGAAAUAGAUCCGGCCCCGGCCGCGCUGGAGGCAGGUGACUCGGUGCAGAUUAUCGACGGCACGUUGUACGAGUGUGGUUUUCCGAACGCGACGGUGCUGGCGGCCGGCGUCGUGUCAGCGAGUGGAAGCAGCAUCGGCUCGACCACGGUCUCACUCGCUCUCCCCACCGCCUACGAGCUAGACGGCGUGGGAGUGUCGGCGAGGGGGAAGAACCAUACAGUUUGCUAUCGGAAGCAGAAGAGCACCUUCGCCACAUCCCCGCGCAUCGGCAGCACCGUCGACCGCAACUUCCACAUCAUGGUGGAGGUGCCGACCAAGUGGGCAACGCAGCCUCAGCAGGCCCAGGUGAACGCGCCACUCAACAUCACCUUCUACGGCGACCUUGCAGAGGAAGACUUCCUGACAGCAGCCGAUGUGGCGUUUCUCGUGUCCGUGCCCGAUGGCGCUGAGCCGGACGUCAGUCUGUGCCGUGUGACGGCAGAUAGGAGCAGCAUUGCGAGUGCGAGCCGCAUCGUUAUCUCUCAAGGCACCAUGACAAAGCUGGACAAUGUCAACACGCAGUGGUCCGUUCCGGCCAACGUGCUUCUGGAAAGCACCUACGUCGUCUGCUACACAGCCGAGAAGAACGGGCAGCCGUUGUACGUCAGCUCGCCAGCGACGCUGGUCGUGUACCCAACGCAGUCACCGAGUGGCGCCUACCUUGCCCGCAGUGCCACGUCUGUCGUGAACGACCUCACCGCGUUACAGGGCGAACGUGUGUUUCUACUCUUCAACACGACCGUGGCGCUGGAUGUGGUGCUCGACAACGGCCAGAGCUCGAGCUCGAGCCCGUCCCUCGAGAACUACGACGCGGUUCGCAUCACGGCGGACAGCGCCUGCAGUGCGCCGCUCGGUGCCGGUGUGAUUGACCCAAUUCCUACAGAUUUUGGCUACGCGCCACCCGGCAUCGUGGAUGAGACUACCGGUCUUACGGUGCCGUACCUGAACCUGCGCAUCCGCGCCGAAGUGGGCAGCUACUACGUCUGUAUGCGCCGCCGCAAUCGUGAGAGCUGGCAGGCGUACUACGAGUUUGAGGUGGUGGGCGGGCUGUACGUGUGCCCGGCCGUGUUGAAAAUAUCAGCUGCCGCUGUUGUGGCGUUUACGACGAUGCCGACAACACCGCGGGCGUGGGUGCCGCACACGGAGGUGCAGGCAAACUACGACGCUGGCUUCAGUAUGGCAAACGUGGUGCAGUUCUUCUUUGUGGCCUACACGGGCACCGGCAGCGUGACGGACAGCGACGAGAUCAACGGCGACUCCUGCUACCGCCCCGCCUCGUCGUCGGAGGCGUUGUCGGCCUCCGUGACACUUGUGAACCGUACGCUGCAGGUUUACCUCGUAGACCCUAUGUUCACGCAGCACAGCUUUGGCAUGGCGGGCACGUACCUCCUGUGCUACCAGAUCACGGGCCGCAACAUCGCCUCCAUCUACCCGACUGCCUUGACCGUGGCCAACCCGAGCCCGACUGCCUACAUCGUGCCCAGCCUGGUCACUGUUCAGCACGCCUUCACAAUGAGCAUCGUGGCGAUGGACGCCAUCUUCGCCACUGGCGCCAGCAACGUCGCGCAGAUAUAUACGGCGACUGACGCGACCGUGAUGCCGAACUGCACAGAGGCGAGUGUGCCGAGUGGUGGCACGACGCAUUUCACGAAAUUCACCCAGACGAACGUGUCUUACGCAAGUGUGGAGCCGACGCUCCUGGCGCCGGGCUACUACUUUCUGUGCUUCCUGACGGACGGCCAGAAGAGAGACUUCGUCGUUCCGAACGCUGCCGGCGCCUACGUAUUUUCCGUCGGGCUGGUAGGCGCGCAGAAGUACACGGUGGCACCGUCGCCGGCCUACCUCGGUCAACUCCUGGAUAUCACGAUUACGGGUAGCCAACUCAGCAGUAGCGACCACGUCAAGCUCUUGCGCGUCUCGCACGACGAACUGAGCAGCAGCGGAGGGAGCUACGCGGCCCAGUGCACACCUAACUCCGAGAACGCCGACGCCAGCGAGGCAGCGGGGGCAGCGGGCAGCACCGUGCAGAGCUCGAGCGGCACGGUGGCGCACUAUCACCCCCGUGUAAACGAGACCGGCACGUUCAUUCUGUGCUAUCAGAGCUCCUUGUUGAGCAACGCAUGGGUCUGGGUGAUGGACAUUCAUCAGUUCACCGUCAGCUUGGCGCACCCCACGCACUACAGCCUCUCCUUGGCAACGCCGUACGAGACCCAGGUUCUCCUGCUCUACAUCCACGACAGCGGCGACGACGGCAGCGGCACGGCAGGCCGAUUGCAGAACACAGAUCAACUAAAGCUGGUUGACCGCGGCUCAGGAGCGAGAGGCUUUGAUUGCGCGGCAGACGCCGCCAACAGUAACAUCAUUGGCCUGAUCAGCUACGUGAGUGCGCAGAGCAACAGCAGCGUGCACGUGUACCAGAUCUGCGGUUCCACCAUGGCGAGCGUGACGGUCUGCUACGCACUUUCAGGGGCAGCGGCUGCGUCACCGAGCUGGGCGGAGGUGCCGCUUCAGUCCCCGCCCCCGACGUACAUCUUCGAGGGGGUGUCGAUCGAAGCGGACCCGUUUGUGGGGCCACUGCGCGGCUCCAGCAGCAGCACCUCGGGGACCGCUACCGGCUGGGUGGCACCGCGUCCGUACGAGCCUUUUUCGUUCUACUUUACAACGGAGGCAGCGGGGCUGGAGGCGCAGCGCGUGGCCUUCGCACAGUCACCGGUGACCGUGUGCGCCCUGGACGUGAGCUACGUGGCACCGCUGCUCUACGAAAAGGUGCCGGAGCGAGCGAGCGAAUUCACCGUGUCGCUGCCGUACGCGGGCAGCUACGCCGUGUACAUCGGUCCUUACGCCGCCGUUACGGCGCCGAACAUUGCGCAUGGCACGCCGCUCUUGGUGGGGCAGUGCGACCCGUGCAACUUCACGCCGAGCUACGCACUUGUCGGCACGUACGUGUCGCUGUCCUUUCCCAGCAGUGUUGGCGACUCCCUCAGCGACGCAGACGAGGUGCGGCUCUUUCCGGUGUCCCAGGGGUUGAAAGGGCGACCGUGUGAAGCAACAACAGGGGCGUACGCCGGUGUCACGCUCACGCCCGACUCGGCGUUGAGCACGAGCAGCAUGACCGUCUUCAACGUGACCACCGGCGCGGAGGCGGAAGCGAAGAAGUACCUGGGCGAGUACUACGUGUGCUACCGCAAGGGGAGUGCGUCCUCCGUCAACGCUGGCAGCUCGACAGCCACAUUUGCGGUCGUGUCCAAGAACGACGGCACGGCCUCCAUCUUCUCCGUCUACCCGGCCGACCUCCUGACCGCAACGGUGUGUCCUGCUUCGCCGAUGUACGCGCUCGAGACGGCCGUGUUCAACGUGACGGCGCGUGACACAGCGCUGUACCCGAACGUGGCAUUCAGCUCCUCGGAUGUGUUUGUUGUCGUGCCGUCUGAUGUGCUGAGCAGUACCGUCGGCGGAGGCUGCGGCAGCAUCACUGACGUGGAUGCUCUCGUAGCAGCCUCUGGCGGUCGUGCGCAGCUGGCGAAGCUGGACACGUACGGCAACGGAUACUCGAACUGGUACCUCACCUUCGCGACGCAGAUGACGAUGAUGUACCACAGCUGGUGCUUCAAGAUGCAAUACGACACACUCUUCCGCAACAUCUCAAGCUCGCUGCAAACGGUGCUCAUGGAAAACCCCUACAAGGUGAUCACCACCCCGCCGGUCAUCCUACCGACCUCGAGCCCGGUGCUGAUCGACAUCAAGGGCUCUGAGAUGCGGUCAACGGACCAGGUGUACAUUGUUCCCGCCAAUCAGUCGUGUUCGGAGACAUGCAGCCGCCCGCUAACGCCGAUAGAGUGGCCCGACGUCGCGCAUACCACCCAGUACGUGAACUCGACGACUACACUGGUGACCUUUUCGAAUCCCAUCAAUGUCGCCGUCUCCCUCGGCGUGUGCUACCGCCGCACCGGUCGCUACCUAACGCGGUUGGCGAAGAUCACUGUCAUGGAGCCGAACCCCGCCUCCUACACGGUCAACUUCGUGCCGCGCGUCGGAACGCGGCCGACGUUGGUGUUCACUGGCGAGAAUCUGACAGGCACGGACACGAUAAUGAUUGUGGAGCCCGGCGCCACCUGCCUUGAGGGCAACGCCGUGGUCGCCGGCACGUUUGUGUCGGUCAGCGAAGACGCAACGACAAGUCAGUUCCUUCUUGCGCUGGUCGGCCAUGCCGUGCUGGCGCAAAGCUACACUGUGUGCUACGAAGUAUCGACCGUCGGCGCCUAUGUGGAGGUGUCGCCUGUGCUGCAGGUGCUGGAGGGCGGUCCGUCGAGCGUUCUGUCAAGCAACACCCCGAUGCGCGGCCGUGCAACUGUGCUGACAGUGGCGGACCCGCAGGUAGGGGACGAGAUGUACAUUGCGUGCGUUGGAUGCAGCUGCUUCGACGAGGUUGAGGCUGUCGUGCCGUACGGCAGUGUGCGCGCGACGGCGCAUGUCCGGGAGGGCAGCAUCUCGAGCGCCUCUGACGCCGCCUCCAUCUCGCUGCGCGUCGGCUUCAACGAUACGAAGAGCUACCCAGUUUGCUACCGCCGCCGUGACAGCGGGUACGCGCAGAUUGGCGGCACCGCCUACUUCGUCACCCCGGUGCCGAACUCGCCGAGCGCGGUGGCGCAGCUUCCCGCCUUAGCGCAGUACCAAGGCCAACGGCUGUACUACAACUUUUCAGACUACACCCCCGCCGUGCCGCUAGGUAGCGGCGACCUCGUCAUGUUGGUGCAGGCAGCGCGCGCCUGCUGGGACAACGUGGAGAUGAACGCGAGCGGUGUGGUGGUGCAAACGAGUGAGCUGACGGGCACCAUCGAGUCCCUCAGCAUUGGCAGGUGGGAGGCGCACGUGCCCUCACUGGGGCCCGGUGUGCCAUCUGACACACCCACGCCGUUCCCGCUCUCCUACCUGCUGUGUUACCGCCAGGUCGCGCAGCUGGAGUACGUGAGCGUGCCGUUUGAGAUGCAGCCGACGGUGAUGAGGGCGGCGGACCCGGCUACCUUCGAAACGAAGCCGAAGAUCGUGGAGAAAGGCAUGUUGGAUGUUAACAUUAAGUUUGGCUACACCGACACAGGGAAGGAGGGCGACGAGGCGUACGUGGUGCAGUUCACGAUCCUCACAAACACGGUAUGCGAUGACGCCAGGUCCACGCUCGUCUCAGCGCGCGGAAGAGCGCACCCGAUGUACAUACUGAACAUGUCUGGCAGUGCUGUUGUAGGCGAAAGCAACACGGCCGUGUGCUACACCCGCGCCGGCGCAACGGUGGCCGAGGUGCCGCAGCUGCUUACAGUGGCCGAGAGCAAUCCGAGUGGCUACCUGACGAACGUGAUGGCUGGGUCGGUGGCGCGCGGGCGGCAGUACAUUGAGUUUGUCAUCGUCGGCUCCGGCCUGAGCGUUACGAGUGACGAAGUCGUCUUCACCGACGUGCCGUGUGCGAUGGCGCCACGCCCGUUCCAAUCGAGCAGCCACCUCGCGCGCCUCGGCGACGCCGCCUCCAACGGCACGACGUACAGGGUUGUCGCUCAGUUUAUUUCGCUGAUGAGCCCGAUCGACGUCUACGUGUGCUACCAGCACAGCGCCGUGUGGCGCGAGGUUGGCGCGGCGCUGACGCUGAACGCGCCGCAGCCCCUGACGGUGUUGGUGAUUUCUGCAGGUGGAACGCAGACAACGCCCCGCGCGGGGCAGCACCUGCACUUGCAGCUGAUCGAUGGCAUGCCGACGGUGCCGAUCGGUGCCGCGGUUCUAAGUGCGGAGACGACGGGGACAGGAACAUGGUGCCACAACUUCACGGCCGCGAACGUGCAAGAGCCGGCGCUGGAUAUAUUGUCGGCGGCGAUACUGGACGUGUCGGUGUGGCAGGUGUCCGGGCACGCGCGGUUGUGUGUCCGCUAUGACGAUGGCACGCCGUGGGCCGACGUGGCCACCAGCGUCGAUGCCACCAGCAUCUACAUUAACCCGGCGAACCCGUCCGCCAUGGACGUCUUUCCGAGUCCGCCGCGAGUCGGGCAGAGCGUCACGCUGACGUUCCGCCUGCUGGUGCCGUCGAACGCAGGGGAUAUGGUGAAGAUCACGGCGCCGACCUACGAGGCGUGCGAGAUGGCUGCAAGCAUUAACGGCUUCCCCCCUGCCAUGCCCGUCACGGUGAAGGACAACGCAGCAACGACGCUCACACUCGUCGACUCGACAGACCCACUGCUGUAUCGCAGCUUCAACACUACUGGGACGUACCGAGUGUGCUACUACAGCGCGGCAGAGAUGUCGUGGGGAGUGGUGGGUGGCACGCUCGCCGCCGGCUCCGUCAUGGUGGAGGAGCCGGUGCCGCAGUCGUGGGUCAUCGCCUCUGGCCACACCGAGAUUGGGUACGAGUUCGCCCUAGCCUUCCACGACGAGUUCAGCGUUCUAAAGCCAAGCUCUGGCAACGACCUUGUGUGGGCGGCGCCGUCCAGUGUGAGCUGCGGCGUGAACCCGUACAUGUGCAGAGGAUGCAUUAUUUUCGAGUGGAACGCGUCGCUGUCGAACUCCUCCACGGCCGUGACGGCCGCCAACGCCUCGGUGCGUGUGGACAGCAUGAACCUCUGCUACCGCCUCGCCGAGGCUACGGCAGCGCUGGUUCCUGGCUCGCUGAACAUCACGACAGGCCCCAUCCAGUGCGUGGAGGAGGACUCCUUCAUCUCAGGUCAACAGCAGCUGAUUACGUUCCGGCUGGAUGCCGGCACCAACGUCAUGGACGACAGCUGGCGCCUCUCCUUCUACGCAACCACCGCGUUGCACUGCAACGAUCGCUACCUCGAAGACUUUGUCCCGGGGUCAGCGCGGCUGCAGGGGGUGACGAGCACGUCGGCGACGUACUUGGUCUUGUGGCCGGUCGGGCUGGGUGUCACGACCAGAGAGUACACGAUCUGCUACACCCAUAACAAUCUGGUGGGUCCAGUGUGCACGUGCGGGCAGAUCGACGCGAACACCGGCGAGUGCUACAUCAGUGGCUCACCAGGGUCGCCACAGAGCUUUACGCCGUCGCCUCAUCCAACGUACGUGGGGCAGACGAUCACGCUCAACUUCACGGUGAACGCGUCCAUGACGGCCUACCCGCCCACUGCUAUCAAGUUUGUCACGUACGUGGACGAACUUACCGUCUGCGACGGCGCCCCGGCCUUCACGCCGGUCGGGGCCACCCUCACAAAGAUCAGCGCACUUCUGUACAUGUAUGUCUUCAAGCACCAGUACACCCUCGGCACCGCCACGCUGCUGGUGUGCGCGCUUACAGACUUGUCGCCCUCGUACGGCCGCGUUGCCUCGGUAGUCGUGCCCUCGUCGCCAACGACGAACAACACGCUGUGGAUUCGGCCCUACCUCGGCCUCAUCACGUUCCCGUCCGAGGCGGACUAUUUGCGCUCGAUGCAGACGCUGAACCUGACCUUCACGAUGGCGAGCCGGCAAGAGGACGAUGUGGUGAGCAAGCACGACCGCAUCACCGUCGUCAGCGACCCGCACAACUGCAUCGAGUCCUACAUCAGCGCUCAGGACCCGUCGACGCUCAUGAGCAUGUUCUACCUUCCCGACACGGCCUUCCUGACGCUGCCGGCGACGGUGCUGAGCGUCAGCGUGUCGCUGUUCCUCACCCGGUCCCUCGCAACCUUCGCUGCCAGUGCAGCCGGUCAAGGCACGCACUACUUCUGCUACAAGUUGAGAGACGGUACGUGGGCACCGAUUCUACCGAAGCUGACCAUACAAGAAGCGCUCAUCGGUAGUUGUUCCGUCACAGGUGCGCUGAGCCCUUCCAAUGGCGACAACGGCGGGUCGAGUGGUUCGACGACAAACAAUGGAGGCUCGCUGCGUGCUAUGUACUACGCCCCGACCCAAAUCCUUGGCACGGCCUUGUUCGAGCUCCUGGCGUCGCCGUCGGCGGAUGCGGUGCGAGUCGUGCCGCAAAGUGAGUGGUGCACGAACGAUGCGGCGGCUGUCUUCACCACUGCCGUGGCCUCGGGGUCGCCCUCUAGCCUGAGCAGGAGCAGUGGCGGCGUCGAAGCGGUGUUCUUCGCACCACUGCGGGGCGCGUACAAGGUGUGCUACCGCUUCGGCACAAGCACGAACUGGAGUCCAGCGUGCACCGAUCUAAGUGUGACAGACCCCAGCCCAACUGGGGCGACGACGGGGUGCUGGAAUGUGGGGCAGACAAUGAACAUGACGGCGACGCAUGCGAUCAGCGACUACGUCUUUACGGCGUCGGAUCACUUGCGGUUGGUGCAAGGCGCGUUGCCGUGUCGCCACUCGAACGGCUCGCUAACGGUGUCCUCGGAGACGGUGACGGUAGGUGACGCGGUGCAGCCGGCAUACGGCAUUCUGCUCUCUGAUGUGGUGGCGGGGCAGACGACUUACAUGAUGUCGCCCGCCUUCUUCCGCACUGGCACGAGAGACGUGCGACUGUGCUACACCGACGCUGCGGGCAACCAGUUUGCGGUGCCCUUGGACUUCGUUGGUGACCCGGGCAAGUCGCUCUUUCCUGUUCAGGCCCGCCAGCCGAGCAGCGCUGCCUUUUCGCAGCGCCACAUUCAGGUUGGACAGCGCCUGUUCAUGAACUUCACCUCCGCCAGCUCUUCUGUGACGCCUCCGCUACACCCGUACGCCGCGCUGCCGCAGCUCUACACGCCGGGCCCCGCCUUCAAUGGCACCUUCGACGGUGCGACAUUGCUAGCAGUGUCGAGCAGCACCGCCUACAUCGAUGGCCGGUGCGCUGCUGCGCUGCGUGCCGGCACCCUCGCCACCACCUCGUUCUUAGGUGUCUACGGCUCGGCGGCGCAGAGCGGAGAAAGCUACGUUCCGUACACCAUCGGCAACUACGACCCGACGGUGGCACAGCACUACAUUACAUGCUACCAGCUCGCAACAUGCGGCGUGGUCGACAGCGGCGACCCGUUCCGGGUGCUCAACGUAAACCCGUCUAACGUCUACACAGACGUCUCGACGCCACGGCGGGGGCAGCUGAUCAAGGUGCUGUUUACGCGAGACAUGGCGCCGUCCGCGGUUGCGCUAACGCCUGGCAGCGAUCGCGGCAUCAAGCAGCCCGAUCUUGCCUCCUGCUGGACCCUCACCGACAUCUCUGGACAACUGGUGCAAGGCACCGCAGACCUGACGCACUUCACAACUAUCUUCUACGCCCAGGCGCCAGAACUAGCCUCGACGACAGCCACGCGUAGCUGCUACAAGCUGAGCGAGGGCAGCUGGUCAGAAGUGCCGAACGGCGAGGCAAGCGUACUUGCUGCCAACCCCAAGAGCUUCGCGACUAAUCCAGCCUCGGUGCGGGUGAACCAAGUGAACUACAUACAGUUCUACGGCACGGGUUUAGGCAGCAACGACCGGGUCAAACUCAUCACGCGCUCGCUGAACUGCAGCGAGGACUCGGUGCCGCCGUCGUCGCUCACAGCCUACAAGGCGACUGAUCCAAACAGCGCCACCGCUGGCACGUCUGAGGGAUGGAAGGUAACGGAGGCGAGCAGCGACGGGUCGACGGCGAGGCUGAACUUCACGUCCAGCUCGACCGGCACGUUGAGCGUGUGCUACCGGCUUGAUGCAGAUACAGUGUGGACAUUGGUGUACGGCGACCUCAUCAUCUACGAGCGCAACCCGCCCGUCGUCACGCGCACACCGGUCACCACGCUCGAGGGCGAACUCUUCACGCUGAACUUUACGGCGUCUACCGAAGGUAUCUCAGACCUUUCCUCUGACGAUCGCGUGGUGCUGUACUACGGCUCAGCAGUCAACUGUAUCGCCCCGACAACGGAUGAGACGGCGCCGUCGGUGACCGCCUCCCCGUCGCGCACGGACAUGCUGCCACAGUCGAUCGCGUACCAACUGGACAUGGGCACGCGUGGCAACUACACGCUCUGCUACAAGGUGUCCGCCUCGAACGUGCCAGGCGGGUACGUGGUGGUUUGGGGCUACGAUGUCGUGGUGGUCGCGCCAAACCCGCAGAACAUGACGCUGUACCCGGUCCGUGCGCCGAGCGUGCACCGGCCAAACGAGCUGCUGACGCACGUAUUCGCUGGAUGGGGGCUUGCGGCGACGACUGAAAAGAUGGAUUCGGUGAAGGUGAUCGAGGCGAGUGCAAGCGGUAGUACCACCGACACGAUGUGCCAGAACUCGGCGGCAGCGGCGAUCACAUACUACCCCCUCUACGCGAACGGCACGCACGCAGAGCAGGUGUGGCGAGCGUCGCCCGCCGGCAUGCAUAUUCCGUUCUCGGUGUGCUACAAGCUGUACGGUGGGCAGUAUCACGUCAUUGGAGACACGCUGACCAUCACCGGGACGGCUAGUCCAAGUGGGGCUACGUCGGCGAAGCUCAGCGGUAGCAGCACAACGCUCUCGUCUGGCGAGUCCAUGUCGUGGACGCUGGUCGACGCCGACGCGCAGUCUUGCGCCGACAAUAGAGCCCUGCUCUUCUUCAGCGCCAAUGACUGCCACGCUGCGCCCUACUACGUGAAUAUGUCGGCGAUUCUGUCGUCGAGCGCGCUCAUCGCGAUUACCUUCCCAGCUGGGGCGGUGAUCGUGUCGAACUGUGGCGGUAUGACGCAGCUGCGCGUGCCGUGGACGUACCCGUUUGAUGCCGGCUUGGCGAGCGCCGCGGCAUCGUCGCCGACGGCUCUCCUUUCCCUCUGCUACUGGAGCGCUGGCAACGACGCCGUCUCGGUGCUGUCGAGCAACGCCAUCACCCUCAGCCAAGGCGUGCCGCCGCCGCUCGACAUAACGCUGUCCGUGAUGGCCCAGGAGGUAUUCAGCUUCAGCCUUUCCGUGUCGCCAGCAACAACAGACUGGGUCGUGCUAGUGGUGGACCCCUCCAGCUGCGUCGGCGUCAGCGCCCCUGCCAACGACGCGGACUUCACGGACCUGACCUAUAGUGAGACCACGGGCGUGGCCACCGUCACAGCAGCCGUUCCUGGCGCAGGGAUGUACUACGUGUGCUACUCACACCAGGUUGGGUUGUGUGCCGCAAGCACGGGGCGUGAGUGUGCGCGCGUGGUGGCGCAGGUGGAAGCAACGGCUGCCAGCCCACAAAGCUGGAGCGGCCAGCCGACGCCGGUGUACGUGUCGAGCUUGUUGGCCAUCACGUUAGCCUUUCCCAGUAACGGUGAUGCGUCAGCGCAAGGGACGACAGCGUCGGCGUGGCUGGCCGUCAUGGCAGCUGAGGAGUCGCCGCACACCAUGCGGGACGUGUGGGUAGCGUGCGUGCAAUCGCAGACGAUGAAGUCACUUCGGUACGGCUUGACGUACAGCAGCGCGAGCGGCAUGUGGAACACCGAUCGCAUUCUGGUGCGAUCUGGACCGUACGCCCUGUGCUACACCGCACAGAGCACCGUAGAGGCGGCCCUGCAUCUUUUUGGUCCAGCCCGCAACGCUGGCCCAGUCGUGCUGGCGAGCACCGUGACCGGCGUCGAUCUGCCACCCUCAAUGACAGUAACGAACGUAAACACGGUGGUGCUCACCGGCGGUGGCUUGUCGACGACGGACGUAGUGAUGGCAGUGGCACUCCCCUCCUCGAGCGUGCCAGGAUUGGAGUCAGCCGUGACGGAGGUGCCGAGCGACAUCUGCACGAACGAAGCCUAUAAGCCUCGCGUGAACUCGACGAACCCGAGCCCGGCGAAGAAUACGGGCAUGACAUCGAUGCUGCGAGAGCUGGUCUUUUCGACGACGGGCGACUACGUGCUGUGCUACACCGCGACCUACGGCCUCACAACGAGCGACAGCGACCCUAGCAACGAUAGCGAGUCUGUGACGGGGACCCCCGUCCUGAUCACCCCGAAAACCUUCACGGUGUCGCCAAGCGUGAUCAGCAUGACUGUCGUGAGUUUAGUCCUCGAGGUGGGUGUUGAGCUGCACAUUGUCUUCACCGGCAGCGGGCUGAUGGUGUCGGACAUGGCUGCACUGGUGUACGUGGGAAGCAUCGAGGGCUCGCCGACGGUGCCGACCGUGUGCCUCGGCGAGAGUGUCAUCUACGAAAACAUGGUGUCCGUCAACGCAGACGGUACCAACGCCAACUACAAAACAACACCGGUGCAGCAGGGUGUCCACAUGGUGUGCUUCCGCAAGUCCUUGGCGACCACCCCCAUCCUCAUGCCAACACAACUGUGCGUUGGCGUGCGGACAGCCGUACAAGCUGUCUUCAAAGUACAGCCAGGAGGAUGUAUAGCCCUGCUGGUAUGCACAGUGCAGCCCACAAUCAUGCUGCUCAGCGCUUCGGGUUUGGCCACGUCGGCGCCGCACAGCUCUGUGAGCAUGCUGCUGUAUCUCAGCGACGGCACCACUCCCGCGCCAGCCGGCCAACUGUCUGGUGGCACCGUCUACUCGCACGUGAGCUUCACCAACUUCACGUUCUGGGCGCUGCGAGUGUCGACCGCAGGAAGCUACGUCAUGAAGGCGUCUGUGACGCUGCCAGGCGGGGGCACGCUGGUGGCGACGUCGAGCGCGCUCAAGGUGGCCGGGGGCGGCGAGCCGGUCGUGGACGUGGCGGCGGUUUCGUGCCUUCCCAUCGGCAUCCUGGACCGCACGGUCGGGUCUACAACGGACACGGUCGACUGCCUAAUCACGGCCUUGACGAGCGAUGCGCCGAACAACUUCACGGUGCUGGUGAACGCUGGCAUGGUCAGUAUAGUGACGCGGAACGGCACCACGAGCAGCGGGCUCUCGACGUACAGCUUUACCGUCACCGCACCAGCAACGUCAUCGUCGGCGACGGGUAUCGUGAACUACCUGUCGAUUUUAGUCACACCCAUACCGCCAUACGAGACAUUGCCGGUGCAGAACUCUCCCAUGACGGUGCGGCUGGCAACGUCGCCGAGUGCGCUGACGACGAUUGGCUGCAGCGCUGGUGCAACGCAGCUUCCGCUGUCGAACAUGGUGCGCGUCGGUGGGAUACUGAUGUGCUACGUGCAGGGCAUCGCGACGAUUCAUGGCCAAGCACGCGAGAUUGUGGCGCGGCCGGAGGAUCUGAAAGUGAGCAACUACUACAACGGCGACGUGAGCACGAGCGCAGCGGUGAACCUCGGUGCCUACCCGUUGGAUGUCAACGGCCGCUACAACUUCACGGUGACACCAACGACUGGCCUGAGCAUCUCCGUCGCCGGCACCGUCUUUGCCAGGGAUGACGCCGGCAGCCCAAGUAGCGGCGCCACGUCGGCCUGGGCGACAAUGGCCAACAGCCCACAGUCGUUCAUCCUGAUAGGCGUGCCAACCGCCGCCGCGUCAAGACUGAUGUGUACAUCAACGCGGACAGGGUCUAUGACGUGGUACACGCCGACUGAACCGUUGCAGUGCACGGCCACACUGGCGAACGCGCAAGGACCAGUGAACGGCCUGCAGAGCGAAUACAGUGUGCUGCUACCAGAUGGAGGCAGCGUGUCUGGCUUUGAUGAGUCGGCGUGGGGCGUGAGUCUUGUCUGGAAACUUGCUGCACCGCCGCCGCCGUCGUCGUCGUCGUUAGUGAGCUCACUGAAGCCGGUGCAGCAGCAUGCGUAUGCGGCACGUGCUAUGAUAGACACCUUCGCUGCUGCAGUGCGACAGGGCUUUAGUGUGCAGGUUCGCUACACACCAUCCAUCACGGUCAUCGCCACGUAUGCAGGUGGCUUGGUGUACGUAACGAGUGUUGUGAAGACGGUACCAAGGCUGAAGCAGGGGGCGACGGUGAGUGUAACCUUCGCGGGAAUUGGACUUGUGACGAUGCACCGCUACACGCUCGGGGCCAUCUCCAACUGCUCCAGCGUGCUGUCUGAGGCGAGGUCGACGGAGGGCAGUGCGGCGGGUGAGCUCGUCCUCACCUUCGAGGUGCCGAGCUCCGUCUUUAUCAUCUGCUUCUCCCCGCAAGACGCGCGCACAGCGCUACAGCCGCUGUUGACAACGCAGUGGACGCCCGAGUCGGGCGGCCCCUCACCCAGUCGGUGGACGGGGGACGAUUUAGUGUUGCUGAUCGUUGGCGUCGCUGUCUUGUUCAUUCUUGUGGUGCUGUUGGUGAUUCUACUGUGGUGCAUCUUCUGCGGCCGCGAGGAGGAGAGCGAGGACAACAUCGUGGAUGAGGAACACAUCAUGCACCAUGCGCCGGCGAGAAUAACCACUAUCGCAUGCAAGGCCGGUGGUAGCGGACACAACGUGUACAUGCCGCCGCGCGCGAACAAUCGGUAUGUUCUCCGCAUUGCCGAUGAGUCGCCGCCCGCAGCACUGCCGUCGCCAGCGCCGCUGCCCAUUGUGACCUCCUCCACGCCGCCGCCGCCGCUAUCUUCGCCGCCGGUCGCGCCACCACAGCAGCAGCACCCGCAACAGCAUCCGAGCAGUAACACGCAGAUCCGCAUCAACAUACACGACGGUGACGAUGCAGGCAAUGCCUCGCCGCGCGCGCCACGGUCGCAAGCCACCACCCCUGCCGCGGCGACGUCGGUGACCUACGCUGGUGGCAGUGGCAGCGCCCCCCCACCGGCAACCAUGCGAAAACGCCACCACCAUUGCUCUCGUCGCAGCAGCAGCACGAGCAGCGACCACCGGCCGCACCAACAGCAUCAGUCGAACUUCAAGUACGCUGAUCUCGACCGCGCUGCGCCGCGGCAGCCCUCGGACUCGAGCUCCUUCACGGAAACGAGCGCAACAGAAAUUCGGCAUUCUGUGCCGCCGCUGCCGCCACCGCCUCUGUCGUCCGUCACAACGCUGAACACCACUGUGCCAGCGCCGUCCGCAAAUUCUGGGUUGGUGGAGAGCCCUCGUCAGGCAGUCAGCACGCCGACAGCAGACCGUGUGCCGAAGAACCUGCCGCCACUGCCGCCGCCACCGCCGCCGACCAUUUCGCUGGCGUCGCCGAUGGCUGCACAGGCGCCCACAUCCGGCCCCUACGAGCACCUGCAUCGCACCACGUCGGGGAUGACCGUCCCUGGCACCGUAGAUGCGUUCGGCACGGGCCUUGGUAGCUUGGGCCCCUGCCGCAGCGACAACGGUGCCACCGAGGUGUUGGAGCCCAUCACCGUGGUAGGGCACACAUCCAAGCCAAUGGUGCGUUCCGCAUCGUCGCCGCGGUAG